GCAAAAGUGGAAUGAUGACCACCGUCGCUCUCGCGCUCCUCGAGUCGGCCCAGGCCUUCACGGCGCCCGCGAUGCGCGCGCCGGCCCGCUCCACGGCGGUCACCAUGUUCGAGGAGGGCGACAUCGGCGUGCUGCCGCCGCUCGGCGUGUACGACCCGCUCGGCCUGAUCGAGACGCGUGACAUGCGCCGGUACGAGAUCAUGGAGAUCAAGCACGGCCGCGCCGCCAUGCUCGGCUUCCUCCACGUCAUCCACCUCGAGGCUGGCGUCCGCUUCCCGGGCUACCUGUCCGGCUCUGCGGGGCUCAAGUUCACAGACAUGCCCAAGGGCUGCUUCGCCUCGCUGGAGGCGGUGCCGGCGCUCGGCUGGCUCCAGAUCCUGGCGGUCGCCCUCGCGUGCGAGACCGGC